AACUGAAAUUCAUCAACGAUCGAUAUUGAACACAAAAAUGAACAGUUUCAACAGGUUCUACGAUUCAUGGUUGGACCAAUUGCAACACCUGGUGCACCACCUCAACUCCGCCCCUAAACCCCCGACCACCGGAGAUGAUCAAGGCCACCUUGGCAACUUGGUCCGCAAGGUCAUGAGCCACUAUGCCGAGUACUAUCGCGUCAAGUCCGUGGCAGCCCAACGUGAUGUGCUUGGGGUCAUGGCCGCCCCGUGGGCCUCCUCCCUUGAGCGCUCGCUCCAUUGGAUCGCCGGGUGGCGGCCCACCACCGUUUUUCACCUUAUCUACACUGAGUCCAGCAUUAUGUUCGAGUCCCACAUCCUUGAUAUUCUUCGCGGCCACCAGAACGGAGAUCUUGGUGAUCUUUCCCCUUCUCAAUUCAGGCCAGACUCUCUAUGUCACAGGCGGGUGAGUGAACUGCAAUGCGAGACAGUGGACAAGGAGAAUGCAUUGACUGAGGAGAUGUUAGAGUGGCAAGACGGCGUGAGUGAGUUCAUUGGUGUGUGCGGGGAUCUCGAUGAGAUGAUCGGACGGCUGGCGUGUAUAGUUCAGAAGGCUGAUGAUCUACGGCUCAGAACAGUUAAGAGCGUCGUUGGGUUGCUGACCCCACAGCAGGCCGGGGAGUUCUUCACUGCUGCUGCUGAGUUGCAGUUUGGAGUCCGGUUAUGGGGAUUGAAUCACGACCGUCAAACAAGGAACUGACCCUUUUUGUCGUCCACAAUGUUUGAUCGGACCCUUG